AUGAUCUCGGGAGGUCAAGCGGCUCUAUUACACCAACCCCGCGACACGGCCACCCUGUCCCCUCCCCCUCCCCUUUCGAAACCCGCCGAUCGCCUCUCUCCUUCCCUUACGGCGCAGGUAACCGCCAGUUACCAAGAUGAGGCUCACAGCCGACCUCAUCAGGGAUUCCUCUCCUACCUCAACCCGCUGAAAGAGCGCGAGCUCGACCUCCGAGGUGCGUUUGAAAAGGACAGAUACUACACUUUUGAUUAUUUCACAGACAACGAUAUCCAGGUGCUGGGGAACUUUCCCUUGUCGCCGAGGAUAACGACACUGCUGUUUGCGAGGAACCGCGUCUCGAGCGUCCAGCCUUCGGUGGCCCACUCGAUACCCAAUCUGAGAAAUCUGGUCCUGGCAUCCAACAGUUUUGCCGAAUUGGCGGAUUUGGACGUCCUAGCAACCUUUAAGAGGCUCACGCACCUGGUUUUAACAGACAACCCCGUGACGAAGAAAGAGAACUACCGAUACUGGGUAAUUUGGAGGUGCCCUACUGUCCGGUUCUUGGACUAUCAAAAGGUCAAGGAUGCCGAGAGGCAGCACGCCAAGAAGCUCUUUGGGACGUUGGACAAGCCAACGAAGCUGGCGACAGAGAUCAUGGGCAUCAAAUCCAGCGGCCUUGGGCCUGCCGUGGCUGAUGGUCCUUCGGACAGCUCUAGGCUCUCAAGGAUAAAGUUGACGGACAAGGAGAAGAAGAGGUUGCAAGAGAUGAUUAAGAAGGCAUCUAGCCUAGAGGAGAUUAUUCGCCUAGAGAAGAUGCUGAAUGAAGGACGGCUACCGCCGGGUUUCCACGCAGAUCCCGAUGCGAUGGAGGAAUGA